AUGCCGCCUCCAGAGCUUACUGCGCCGCCUGUGAUCGAUGGCAAUUUGGCACCAAUGAGGCGGGUCCCCGAGCUUCUUGCACGCAUCGCGGACCAGGAAGCUGACAACGCAAGACUCCAGCAAGAGAAGACAGCUGCGAAAAAGAUGGCCAGCGACUACCAUGGUCGCCUGACGCAGGCAACCAAGUCCCUGGGCGAUUUGACGGUAUCGUACUCAAGACGCCUGGAGGAGAAGGACGCCAUACUCAGUGAGAACGUCUCGAUCGAACAGCGCGACACACUGAUGAGGAACGAAACCGCCAAGUCCGCUCGCGAGAUUAGCGAUAUGACGAGCAAGAUACAAGAGAUGGAGGCCCAAAUCCAAGCAUACGAGGUCGAGAACAAGGAUUUACAAGAUCGCGUCACUACGUUGGAGACAGAAGCGCAUAGCCUACAGUGUCACGUCCAUGACCUAGAGUUUGAGAGAGAGCAGGAUCGGGCUUCGGAGAGUGUCGAUGGAUAUGUCAGGAAAGGUAGGAGGGACUCCACGCAACGCCCCAUGAUGAAAGUCAACGCUACUUCUCCGCCCCAAGGUUCAGACCGAGACCGAGAAUCGGGGUACAGCGAGGCGGUAUACACUGAGAAUGGGAGCAGGUGGGGUGGGCGCUAUGAGCGCGGUGAUCAUCCACGAGGAGGUCGCCGGGAGCGCGAUCGUGGUCGAAACGAACGGACCAGGUCUUCGAUCAACGACCGCUUCGUCCCGGACCUAUAUCCUCCUACCGGACCUCGCGCGGACAGGCGCUGA